GAAUCAUUUGGCGGCGAGCAGCGAGACCCAUCGGUCGUUCCAGUCCCGACUUGGGUUCGGAUCUUCUUCACACCUAUCGAUCAGUCGGGAAUAUUAAUACUUGAAUUGUGUAAAUAAUAAAUACAUUGAAUAUUUUUCGCCGAUCUCGAGUUAUAAACAUUUUAACACAGCGUAAAGUGGGCUUUGGAUCGGACUUGGUUCUGCUUGAACAAGCUGUCAAAGGACGCCGGCCAUACACUCAUCCGAAAGUUGCAGUCAUUAUGAUAGAACGAGAAAUUAUCCACACGACCCCAGCUUCAAAGCGCAUCUUCGAUGUGCUCCAGGACAUCCUGCAGUUCCUCGUGCUCUUCGUGCGAAUUCUUCUGGAGCUGUUUGUUACUCUCGUGCAGGCCUUCUUGCCCCAAAGGCUUAAGGAUGUUAGCGGGGAGAUAGUUCUGAUAACCGGAACGGGUCAUGGAAUAGGCCGGGAGCUCGCCCUUCAUUAUGCUUCUCUGGGCAGCACUGUGGUUUGCGUGGACAUCGACGAUAAAAACAACCUGCAGACAGUCCAAAAGGCCAAACGCCUCAAUCUGGGCGAAGUUUACAGCUACAGCUGCGAUGUUUCCAAGCGCGAGGAAGUCAUGGCCCUGGCGGACCGGGUGAAGGCCGAGGUUGGACUCAUAUCCGUGCUUGUAAAUAAUGUCGGGAUAAUGCCCACCCACCCGAUCCUCCAGCAAUCCGCCGAGGAAGUCCAGCGGGUGUUUGACGUGAAUGUUUUCUCGCAGUUCUGGACCAUCCAGGCCUUUUUGUCCCACAUGCAGGAGCAGAACCGUGGCCACAUCAUCUGCCUCUCUUCCAUUGCCGGUUUGGUUGGAAUCUCCAACUUGGUGCCCUAUUGCGCCACAAAAUUCGCUGUUCGCGGGCUGAUGGAGGCCCUGCACGCGGAGUUACGAGAGGGACCUUACAGGGAUCUGAUAAAGACAACCACCAUCUUUCCCUAUAUGACCAACACUGGCCUGUGCAAGCACCCCAAGGUGAAGUUCCCUUCGAUCCUGGGCCUGCUUGAUCCCAAGCAGGUGGCCAGGAGGAUCGUGGAGGCGCACCGCUCCGAUCUCAUGGAGGUCACCAUCCCCAGCUGCCUGCUGCACAUCAACAACUGGACGCGACUCCUGCCGGAUCAUUGUGGCCUGAUGCUCAAGGACUUUAUCGACAGCGGCGUGGAUUCGGACUUAAUUUAGAUUGCCCUUGAUUUAGAUCAUAGAUCGAGUUUCAAUAUGUUGCAGUACAAUAAACUUACUAUUGGAGUAUGUAUCAAAAUAAAAUCAAAGUUAUCAUAAUAGUA